GUCAAAGGAUGAGCGAGUGCACCGACACUUCGGUAGGACAUUCUUAGCUUUUGGCAUCGAUGGAUCGUCAUCAGGGCGACCCUCCGGCAGUGCGGUGUGGAGACAGAGGCCCUCCGUUGCCCCUCGACAACCAACUGGAAAUGGCCCUCUCUGCUGCUCUGGACAUCUCUGCGUUCGUAGAUGACAACGAGUUGGACAUGUACGGCUCCCUUCAGCCCCAGGUACUGCCGCGUUCUGAGCCCCAGACCAAGCCUCCUUCUCCUCCACCUCGGGUGAAUGCGGGGUCAGGCGCCAGGGCUGGUGAACCCGAAGAGAGGCCCAAGAAGCCUCCGAAGGUCCCUCCGAAGCCUCCCCGUAGGCGGGCCACCAGCGACCAGCUCUCUGAGCCUCGCAAACGGCUCUCCUGCAAUGUGGACCUUCCUGUUGUUCCUUCAAGGCUGACCAGAGCCACUACAGAGACAAACACAAACUGGAGCAUAAAGCUGAGCGAGACCCCACAAGGCAACAGCAGAAGGCUUGCUGACUUCUGCAAGUCCACAUCCAAACUGAUUUCCCAGCACAGCGAUGCUGAUGGGAUGUGGAGCGCGGGGCUGGCGUGGGGUCGCGUGUUGCCUCUUCACGUCGACUUGCUGCAGAACGUUGAGGUGAACGUGAACGUCACCACUGACCAGUUGCCCUACCAGCUCUGUCGCAGCACCCCUGCGAGCUGGACUGUGGGGAAUCUGCUGGAUGGUCUGCUCCACAUCCUGGACAUCAGCCCUGCACGCAAUGAGCAGUACUUUCUGAAGAUCUGCGGCUCAGAGGAGUUCCUCAAAAAUGGUGAAAUUUUCGGGAACCAUGAAAGUGCGAAGAGGUUCCAGCAGCAGCACAUGGAGGUUCCGCUGAGGCUCCUGCGCCGGGAUGCCGUGAACAACGAGUUGGCUCGCGAUGGUGAAGAUGAAAAGCAUCCUUUCACCAUGACUCACCUGAUGGGUUUUGCUUACAUAUUCAAUACAUCAAGAAGCAUAUUGGAAAACCAGCUGAACAGCUACAGCAAAGAGGUGCAACACAUGAUGAGAAGUAAGUGUGGGACUAAUAUGAAGCAGAUCGUGGAGGAAGUACAAAGUAUCUGCAGUUUCCUGAGCAACGUGUCAUCCAGAGAAGUGGAGGAUGGCAUUGCUGAAAUCCAGCGAGUCAUACCUCUGAACCCGGAUCCCUCUGAGUGUGAGACAAGGGUCCUGGAGCUCCAUCAGGCCUUGCGCAAGCUGCUGCACACCUUCUUCUCAAAUUUCGAGUCUGACUUUGGCAGCGAGGAGGUGCUCCCCACUCGACCCAAGGCCAACGUGAGCCAUCACGAGGAUGUGCUCCAGCUGGACCUUGCCGCGCUCUACAGGGUGAAGUCAACCUGGCUCAGCAGCUUUGAUUUCUUCUCCAUUUCCUGCAAGCUGACGUACGGCUCCCAGGAGCUGUGUGAGACGGCACUCUCGGAGAACAUCGCCACAGCCUUGUCUCUGGGCAACAAGCUGCAGUGCAGCAGAAUGAUGGUUUUUCCCAUUCAGAUCAAGAAGCUGCCCUAUGAAUCCAUGCUGACAUUUCGCCUGCUGGGUUCUAAGAAGGGGAAAAGCCCGGAACUGCUUAGCUGGGCUGUCCUGCCCCUCUUCAGCAAGAGGACACUGGUCAGUGGCACAGUCCUGCUCAGCAUGUCCAUGCUCCCUGAACUGACUGCUCUGCCAGUACCUGCAGUGUCAGACAGCCACAGACAAGCCACGGGGGUCAUUCUAGAGCUCGGCUUUCCAGAUACACAUCGGUGGAAAUACGACUGGCCAAACCCACUCCCUGGCUCCAUUCUUGCCAUGCCCCCCUUUGAGGAGCUCCAGCAGAAGAUCAGAGAUGUUUCUCAGAAGCACUGCCUGUUGCUCUUGACAGAAAAUGAGAGAUCCUUCUUGUGGGACAAACGACACUUCUGCACAGAAGACAACACCUACGUACACCUCCUGUUGGGCAGUGCCCCUCGGUGGGCCCCUGAGGAUCUCACAGAGAUCUACACCAUCCUGGAGCACUGGCCACUACGGAACCCAGAGGACGCCCUCUUCCUUCUCAGUGACUGCUUCCUGGACCAAAAGAUCCGCGGAGUGGCAAUCCAACAGGUUCAGCAGUUCUCUGAUGAGGAAUUGGAAGAGUACCUGCCUCAGCUAGUGCAGGCUCUAAAGCUGGAAUGGGAGCUGGACGGGCCUUUGGUUCUGCUGCUUCUGAGACGGUCCCUGCAGAGUGUCCGUGUGGCCCAGCAGCUUUACUGGCUGCUGGAGGAUGUGCUGGAGGACAUCCACUACAGAAGCUGGUACAGCAAGGUGCAGGCAGCCCUGAAGCACUGCUGCGGCCGACGACUGAGGCAGGAGCUAGAGAAUGAGCAGCGGCUGGUCAAGGUGCUCACCCAGGCAGCAAAUAAGAUCCGCAUGGUGGAAAAGUCCCGGAGGAAGGAAGUCUUAAACAAAGAGAAAAUCAACAUCAGCAACUUUUUCAAGGAUGGCAUCUCAUGUCGCCUGCCACUGGAUCCCGCCGUCUUCGUGGAUGGUGUGGACAUAGAGGCCUGCACGUUUUACAAUGCAAAUUCUUUGCCCCUGGAGGUCUCCUUCAUCAACGCUGACAGUCAGGGCAGGAACACUGGAGUCAUCUGCAAGACAGGGGACAACCUCCGGCAGGACAUGUUGGUGCUGCAAAUCGUGCGAGUGAUGGACAGGGUGUGGCUGCAGGCCGGCCUGGACAUGCGCAUGGUCAUUUACAGGUGCCUGUCCACUGGGAGAGACCAGGGGCUGGUGGAGGUGGUACCGGAAGCUGUGACCCUUGCCAAGAUCCAGCAGGAGUGGGGUCUCGGCGGGGCUCUCAGGGAGGACACCCUGGAGAAGUGGUUCCACAUGUGGAACAGGACGGAAGAGGCCUACGAGGAGGCUGUAGUGAACUUCCUACACUCUUGUGCUGGCUGGUGCGUGGCCACCUUCAUCCUGGGCAUCUGUGACCGCCACAAUGACAACAUCAUGCUGAAGCACAGCGGCCACAUGUUCCACAUCGACUUUGGAAAGAUCAUGGGAAAUGCCCAGACAUUUGGCACCAUCAAGAGAGACCGAUGUCCAUUCAUCUUCACAUCGGAGAUGCAGCACUUCAUCACGGGGGGAGGGCGAAAACCCCAGCGCUUUCACCGUUUCGUGGAGCUGUGCUGUGAGGCUUACAAUGGAAUCCGGAAACGUGCCGCUCUGGUUCUCAGCCUGCUGCAGCUGAUGCUUGGGGCUGGGAUGCCGGAGAUGAAGGACAGCCAGGAUCUGCAGUAUGUCCACAACCAUCUGCGACCUCAGGACUCGGAACUUGAGGCCACCUCGUACUUCACCAGAAUGAUUGAGGAGAGCAUGAACAGCCUACCGGUCAAGAUCAACUUCCUGAUCCAUAACAUGGGCCAGUUGCCCGGUAGACAGCGGCUGGCUGUUGAGGCCACGAGGGUGAGUCCAAGGACCAACAUCCAGGAGGCUGUCAUCCAGAAGUACACCACGAAGGGCAGAGAAGUGAUCUACGAGCUCAAGGUAAUAAUUGAGGAUGGGUAUCUGAUCAGUGAGAAGACCUUCAGCCAGUUUGAGACGAUCCACAAAGCGCUGCAGAGGCUGUUCGUAGAGUCCAUGCUGCCACAGUUCCCCGGCUGGUACAGGAUGUCCUUCACCCCAAGUCGGAGAAUGACCUUGCUGAACAAAUACCUGAAGGAGCUCUUUAGCGGCCCCUGCAAAGGCAAUGAAUUUGUGUGCAGCUUGUUCCUGGACGGUCCCCGGACAGAUAUGGCACCGAAAGCCAGCAGAAAAGAUGCGGUCCUGCUGACCACCCCUCAGGUCCAGCUCUGCAUGACCUACAGGGAUCGCAAGCUGUCCGUGCUGGUGAAACAUCUCAAGAACAUCAGGCUACCUGACGGCACGUGUCCUGACACCUAUGUGGUGACCCGACUGCGGCCCGACCCAGAGAAUUGCUCCAAGAGGAAGACUAGGGUGGUCCGGAAUAACUACCACCCCACGUUCAACCAACUGAUUGAGUACAGUGAUGUCCAGACCCUCCAGGGCAAAGUGCUGGAGCUGCAGGUGAAGAGCAGGAAGGGGUUUCUGGCCGCAACCAGCAUCCGGCUGGAAGACGGGAAGAUGGGAACGGAGAAGUGGUUUCUGUUGGGGAACUGCUCCAUUUGACAGCAGCCAGCUGACAGGGACCAGCUGCGCCGCUUGUCAGAACGGUGCUCUUCUGCCCCUUCACCAGUAGAGGGAGCUCUUUCCCGAGCCCCAGUGCCUAUCCUGCAAUCACUGCUCGGGGGGAGUGCAACCCACAGCACGGCGGGAACCACAUGUCAGGCUGCGAUUCCCUGGGUUCACCUCUAGAGGGAAGUAUCUGGCCACUUUUUUUGCAAGCGGAGCGACCACCCCGUUACGCGUGCCGAAGUCAAUAACUUCUCCGAGUAGCCGCUGUGUGGCCAGUCUUGGAACUUACCGACUACCUGCGCGUGCACGACGGAACGUUUGCAGGAUGUUCACAGAAAACCCGUUGAGCGCGAACUGUUGCGUGAGCAGCUGAUGUUUGGUGUGGCUAGCGGCAAAAGAUAUUUACAAUAUGACAUGAUGAUGUCGCAUGCGUACAGUCAGCGAGGACGGCGAGUGCGCAUACACUGCGCGUUCUGUUACCAAAGACAGCAAUAAAGCAAGGUUGCAAUUAUUUAAUCAAAAUAUAUUCAUAGAAACCUGGAGCAGAGCUACACAGCCUGAUAAUUAGUGCCAAUUAAGCGGAGAGCUGCGGUAAUUCAAGCCCGCCGGUACCGCGGUAAAGUCACUGCUGACAUACGCCAUCCAUUGCAGUCGCAGCGGUAGCGGCCUCUCCUGCUGUGUCUUUCAUUAUUUAUGCUUCUCCUCGACCGAGCUCCUAUCUCAGCCGAGCUCCUGCGCGUCCGGAUUAAGUCUGAGUGAUGGAUGUCAGUCACGGGAGUCUUGGGGGGGGGGUCCCCCGGGGGUCCCCCCCGUCCGGCUGUCCGGCCGUCGGCUCAUCCGUUACUGUGGAUUAGAGCUGACAGGUGGAAGUCUGUUCUCUGCCACUGUGGCCUGUGUUAAAUUCCCUCCAUGAGCCGCUGACCUGUGAAACACACUGUUCAAAAAUCAUUAAAGGGGGGGCGGUGUUGUCUAGACCUCGCGUUUCUCAAGAAACACUCUCAAUAAAUAAAGGAGACAUAAAUGCCCAGGGCCGGUAAAUAGUUUUUAUUGCCCCUCGGCUCAGCGAGGUUGGGGUCUCCAUAAGGUCCAGAAUGCAGCUUUUGCACCUCUGUCCGUAGAGUUUGGUCCUUUGUUAGAUUUACCGCAGGAUUUGCUCCGUUAUUUAACUUUGCAUUUGUCCUUGUUUCAGCUCUUGUUCCAUGUUUGAUGUCUCUUUCAUGUGUUACA